AUGUCCGAGAUACAAGGAUUGUUAGAUUUUGACAGAGAUCACAUCUGGCAUCCUUACACAUCAACUAUCAAUCCGUUACCAUGCUUUUUAGUUGAAUCAGCCAAAGGUGCUAGAAUCAAGCUUGCAACAGGUGAAGAUUUAAUUGAUGGUAUGAGUUCUUGGUGGGCAGCAGUUCAUGGCUAUAACCAUCCGGAAUUGAACCAAGCUGCUAUCAAUCAACUUAAAGAUAUGUCCCACAUCAUGUUUGGUGGAUUGACGCACAGACCAGCAAUUAAAUUGGUGAAACAGCUUUUGGAAAUGACACACGAAAAUUUGCAACAUUGUUUUAUUGCUGAUACAGGAUCUGUUGCAGUUGAGGUUAGUCUAAAAAUGGCAUUACAAUACUGUCAAUCAAAAUAUGGAAACAAAAAUAAGAAAACCAAGUUCUUAAGUGUGAACUAUGGCUAUCAUGGUGAUACUUUUGGUGCAAUGUCAGUAUGUGAUCCAGUUAAUUCUAUGCAUUCAUUGUAUUCCGGAUAUGUCAAGGAGAAUAUGUUUGUUAAGCUACCGCAAUGCAAACCAACAGAUAAGUGGGAUCCAAAGUAUAUGAAUGAAUUUGAAGAAAUGGUAAAGACGCAUAGUGAUGAGAUUAUUGCAGUUAUACUCGAACCUAUUGUUCAGGGUGCUGGUGGUAUGAGAAUAUACCAUCCGGAGUUCUUAAGAAAUAUUAGAUUGUUAUGCGAUAAAUAUGGCAUACUGUUAAUUUUGGAUGAAAUUGCAACUGGCUUUGGAAGAACUGGAAAACUGUUCGCCUAUGAACAUGCAGAUAUUGUUCCCGAUAUUUUAUGUGUUGGUAAGGCUUUAACUGGUGGCUAUUUAACAUUGAGUGCUGUUUUAUGUACUAAAGAUGUUGCUACAACAGUUUGUUCCGGAAAGGCAAAAGGGUUCAUGCAUGGUCCAACAUUUAUGGGAAAUCCCUUAGCCUGUGCAAUUGCAUCUAAAAGUCUAGAAAUAAUCCAACGUAAUGAAUGGAAAAGCCAAGUAAAAAGUAUUGAAGAAAUAUUCAAUCAAAAAUUAGACAAAGCUCAGGAUAUUUCCAUAAUUAAAGACACCAGGGUCAUUGGGGCUAUUGCGGUAUUUGAAUUAUCCAUUCCAGUUGAUAUGAAGUGGUUCCGUGAAAAGUUUCUUGAAAAAGGUAUUUGGGUGAGACCAUUUGGAAAACUUGUUUAUUUGAUGCCGCCUUUUAUUAUCUCAGAAAAAGAAUUAAAUCAUCUAGUUGAUUCGGUAAUUGAAAUAAUUAUAGAGUUUGAUAAUCUCCAAAAAGAACAGCAAAAUAUUAACCUAUAA